AUGGAGUUUAUGGUUAAACUGCCUCGUUCUGAUCAGGUUUUUCAAAAUGUCUGUCAUGUUGCAGGUUACAGGGAGAUUAUUAUGCAGUCAUUGCCACAGAUCUCUGUCCUGGAUGGAUUGGACCUACAGGGAAAUCCGGUAGAUCUAGAUCCAGGCAGUCCCUGUGAUAUCCCUGGUCUGGAGGACUAUGUGGACCUUCUGUUGUCCUCAGAUACGAGUCACAAUGAAAAUCGUAGAGGAGAUGGCCCUCUCACCACACCCCACAUUGACAAGGUGCUGACCCAGUUUCAUCAGCGGGUUGCCUCUGAAGAAAUCACAGAUCCAGCUGCACAACCGGAUCGCCAGAGCUACCACACAGUUCACUCCACUGAUCCUGCUGACCCUGUUAAUGAACAACGCAUCAGGAAACUGGAACACCAGAUGUCCCAGCUCAUCCAGCAGGUGCUUAUUCAACAAUGCCGAAAGCUUGCGUCAUUUAUUAUUAGUAUUUGUGUCAGUGUGUAUUUUUGUCUACAUGUGCCUCAGACCAUUGUCGAGGAGCGUGACCAGGAGCGGGAGAGGCGUUGGAAAGCUGAGCAGGCUGUGAGGAAGCUAACAGAGGAGCUAAAGUGCCUCCAGACAAAGGUCAGCGAGGAAAAAGACCUGCAGUGCAUGGCUGUGCACACCACAGACAGACUAAAGGAAAUGUUGCUGAAGGAGCGUUCAGGGCACUCUGAGCUGAAGACUCGUGUUGAGGAGCUGCAGGGGAGGUGUCAGUCCCUAACCCAGCAGCUGGAGAAGGCCCGCGGCAGUGAAGAGCAACACAAAACUGCACUGCACCGACUGGAGGAAAGCAUCUCCCACGGAGAGGCACUCAGGGCUCGCCAGCAGGCUGAAGAGAUGAAGCAGCACCAGGAGUUGGUAAACAAGGCAGCAGCUCUGAAGAGAGAGCUGGACAUUCAGAGAGUCUCUGUACGCCAGCACAAAGACAAACUGCAGCAGCUGCAUGAGCUGCUCGCAACCAGGGAACAAGAGCACAGAAAACAGCUGGAGUUGCGGUUGCAGCCUGGCGGGGCAGAUUUCCAUGAAGCGGUGGCAAAAGAAGGAGCAUUGGUGGAACAGAGACUUGCUCACAGGGAGGCACAGCUGCAAGAGAAACUGGCGGAUGUCAGGAAACAGUACGCUGCUCUGGAGGACGAGUUCCGCAUGGCACUAACCAUCGAGGCUGUUCGCUUCUCUGAGGUGAAGGAGGCUUGUGAUCAGAUGACUGCAGAGCUGAUGGAGCUCAAGGCGACCCUCGCCCAGUCCCAGCAGAGGGAGAAGAAGUCCGUCUCUUUGGUGCAGGAGCUCACGGCCAUGGUCAAAGAGCAGAAGAGCCGCAUCUCUGAGCUCAUCAAAGCAAAGAGAGAUGCUGUCACUGAUCUGAAGAGCCGUCUGCAGUCCUUGGAAGCAGAGGUGGAGCAGGAUCGGCGCCUCGUCCUGCAGGUGGAGUUGCUCAAGAAAGACAAAGCACGGCUUCUCUCUCAGCUCACAGCUCAGGAGUCAGUGAUAGAUGGCCUCAGGGCAGAGAGACGGAUCUGGGGCCAGGAGCUCGCUCAGCAAGGAGCGUCUUUAGCUCAGGACCGUGGACGCCUGGAGGCCAGGAUAGAGGUGCUGAGCACUGAGCUCGACACACAGAAGAAACAGAAUGAAGGAGACAAUGACGCCCUCAAAAUCAAAUCCAAAAUCAUUGGUGACCAGACAGAGACCAUCCGCAAACUCAAAGAGGCUUUGCAGGAGCGUGAUGAUCAGAUCCGUCGGCUGCGUGAGGAGGCAGUCAAGAGCCAGAAUCGGUUCCAGCAGCAGCAAGAGGAGGAAGCUGCUCGGCAGACUGAGCUCAAAGAGCGCCUGGAACAUCUCAGCCUGCGCAAGGAGGAGCUGAAACAGCAGCUGGAGGACAAGGAGGCAGAGCUCGAGGAGGUCAAACGAGUUUUCAGAGAUUCCAGUGAGAAGUGGCAGGAGAAGGCAGACCUGCUCACUCGGUUGGAGAGCCAGGUUAAGCGCAUGAAGGACAAUUUUGAUUCCAAGGAACGCUUGCUGCUCGAAGAAAGAGAUAACGCAACAGAAGCACACAAAACUGCUGUAGAGAAGUUACACUGUGUGGACGAUGCCUUUCGGCAACAACUGGAGUCUGUCCAGGCUGCCCAUCAAUCUGAACUCGUACGACAGGCUAAUGAAAAGCAGAGACAAAUAGAACAAGCCAAUCAGAAGGUAUUUGAAGUGGAGCAGGAGAUGCGUCACCUUCUGGAGGAGACGGAAGCUAACAAGAGAAUCAUGGAAGAGAAAAUGAAACGUCUCACAAGUGUACUGAAAGACUUUUAACCCAUGAAAUAUUGUGUGUCAGCUACAGAAAUUUAUAUAUUAAAACACUGAAUUUGUAUUUACUUAUUUAUUUUUAUGCUAAGUUAUUGUUUUUUUGAUGUAUCAUGAUUUAUGUAAUAAACUUGCCCUUGAGCAAGUUCUGUUACAAAGGAAGGUUCCAAAGCUCCUCAGGCUGCAGGAAAAGAUCCAUGCUAACAUUGAGAACUUCAUCGUGGCCGAGGUGAUGAAGUACAGAGCCUUCAAAGAGGAGGGCAGUGAAAAUGCAGGCUUCUGGGAAAUACAGACAACAGAGCAGGAACCUGUGAUUUUACUUCCACCGAAAAUCAUUUUAAAGAAAGAAAAAGUCUGUAGAGACGAACAAUCAUAAACAAGCAAACACUGCUUAAUUACUGAUUGUUCAUUAGCAACACCCGGCUGCAGACAAUAUGGCGGACCUCCAUCCUCUGCAGGCGCACAAAUGUUAAAAAGUCACCUGACACUCACUGCAUUCUGUACUCUAAUUUAUUCCGUGAAUUUUACAAGGGCCAAAAUAAAGAUGAUUCAACCAGUC